UCUUGUGUAUUGUGGUCCACAUGCAUGACAGUCUGUGCCACCCCUGUGAUCUCCUCUGUAUGGCAGUUGAUUCGGUGCAGGUGAGGAAAGGGGACUGGAGCCUGAGUUGUUCACUUUGGGACAGUAUAUACAGGAAUCAGUAUAGAAGGGACUGUUCUUACAGGCUUAAGGUUGUUUUAAAGCUUCUGAAAUGAUGAAGUGUAGUUCAUGGCUCAUCUAUUCAAAUCACAGAAUCAUUUAGCUUGGAAGCAACCCUGCAAGAUAUUGGUACUCCAUUGUAAGAACUAAUAAACUUUCAGCAGGAAAUUUUCUCUGUCUUGUCUGAAGGGUACUUUAAUAAUUAAGCAUUCCCACUCUAUAAUUCUGGUGGAAGCUGAGCAAGAAAACACAUUUUACUGUUUUCUUGACAAUGUUUUGGGUUUCUUUUCUUCACCCUUUGUUUUCUAUGUCACUCCUUCAUUAAUGCUGCUGAUCGACUCUGUUAUCAGAUGUUUGGCUUGUUAUUAUCUGCUGGGCAUGUGGUGCUUGUAGCAGUGUCAUUGCAUUGGUUACAAGCACUAAUACCAUAUGCAGUGGAGAUUCAUUUGCCAUCAUGCAUUUGUUGCACAGGGUACAAUUCAGAAAUGUGUGAGUUAAUUACAUCAGACAAUAGAUAUACCACAACCUCGUUGAAAAAGAGGGGAAAAAAAAUUUCCAGCAAAAACCCCCAACCCUGCUUACUAAAAAAGCAGUUUGAUGCCAUCUUGGCUUGAUGCUAAUGAUAUCUGUCUCAGCCUUCCUGACUCCAAGCAUGUGUUCUUCCAUCUCUUCAUUAACGUUCUCUAACCUUCUUCAGAGAGAUAAACAUAUACUGUGAGCAAAAUGGCCAAAGCAGAUGCUGGAUACUUGUGAGCAUUACCUGAUAAAUUUGCCUAAAUAAGAUCUUUAAAGGGACGGGGGCGGUCCAAAAGGGUUGUGUGAGGAGGAAUCAGCUGAACUCUGUCUUUGUAAAUCUGCUUAUAAAGCUUGUGUUGCUCUUUCUAAUCUUUCAGUGAGACUCUUGGACUUCAGUGGUGUCUGGAAGAAAAAAUUCCCAAACUAUUAGCUUCAAUGUUGACGGAGAGCCUUUUGAGUAGAUGUGUGCACUUAUGGUAGCAAGUGACCAAAUAGCCCUUCUAGGUGUUAUCAUGCAACUGCUAAGGUCGCAGAUUGGGACGCUCGUGAGUGCGGGUGUGACAGAGGAUUUGAAGGAAGAAGCUGGCACUUUAGAGGAUCAGGAAGUGGCUGAACCAGAAGAGAAGCUGCCUGACCAAAUCCAGUCCCUCAAAGAGGAAGCUGUUGUUCGGAUAACCAACUACCAUGUACCUCAAGGAGCAGGGGAUAUAGUCAUGAUUCAGUCAGAUCACACUGGUGCAGUGGAUAUCCUUUCAGCUGAGCUGGAGACUGCAGACCUCCUUGGGGAGCAGAGGAAAGCUCAGCCACCCCCUCUGGCUCCACCCACCAUGUGGACCACUGAGAAGACAAAGGAAUUCAAAGCCAAGAUGGGAAAGGAGAAGAAUGGCCGGAUGGUGGUGAAGCGAGGCGAGGUGGUGACAGUCCGUGUGCCAACCCACCCUGAUGGGAAAUGCAUUUGCUGGGAGUUUGCUACAGAUGACUAUGACAUCGGGUUUGGAGUCUAUUUUGACUGGACCACAGUUACUAGCACUGCCAUUACUGUUCAGGUCAGCGAAUCCAGUGAUGAGGAGGAUGAAGAGGAGGAGGAGGAAAUUGAAGGACUCGCCCCUGUUGGUGACGUGGAAAGGGGCUCCAAAAGCUAUCUGCGGAACCGCUACGGAGAGAUCAUGCCCGUGUACCGGAGGAACAGCCAUCGGGAGGUGCAGGCAGGCAGCCACGAGUACCCAGGCGAGGGCAUCUACCUGCUGAAAUUUGAUAACUCGUACUCUCUUCUCCGCAAUAAGACUCUGUUCUUUCAUGUCUAUUAUACUAGCUGAAGAAACAGGAAGGGGCAGGGACGGCAGGCAGGCAGUGGUGAGUGUAGCAGGCUGCCACCCAGUCCUGGUACUGCCUGAUGGGCACUGCUGUGUGACAGAACCAAGGCACAAUUCUGCCAGCUCCUCUUCAGACACUAACUGGUUUCUCCCCACACCCUCCUUUCCCUCUGUCCCAGUGGAGAAAGGUAGCUGUGACUGCCUGGCUGUCCACAGGCAGCUGCUCUUUCUGGAAAACUCCGGGAGGUCUGCUCUGUGCAGGCAUCAGGCUGGGCCUUCAUCUCACAGCCGGUAAAUGCCCGGAGGCCAGAUUCAGGUCUUCGUGGUUUCAAUCUCUUGCACUGGUACAAAAUGAAGUGAAAAUACUCUUGAUCUCUUACCAUUUUGUGAGUAACUUUUUUCCAACUCUCCUGCUGCAUCUGCAUCACUAGAGGGCAGCUGUCAGCUGCAGUGAGCCAAAAGCACAGCUGGUUUGUCACUUAGCCACUGAUAAUCUCAUCACCUACCACCACUACUCCUCACCAGCAGCCAGUGCUUCCUUCCCUCGUGUGGGUGGGGGUGCAGCUGCCCCGCGGCAGCCCCUGCUGCAGUGGCUAAGCCGUGCUCAACCAGUGGCCCUCAACUGCAGUCACGGCAUGUGUUUGAACUGGGAGUGGGGAGAGGGUGCAUACCUGGAAGUCCAUAAGAAGGUUUUCCUACACUUUAAGAAUUGGAUGUUACACCUGUUGAUUGUAGGGCUAUGUAGAUGAUUAAAACUUCAGUGACCACCAAAAGUUUUUUCUGUAAUCCAGAUGUGAAGCAGAAGCAAUUACUUACUCCUGUGCUGGAUAAAUACCAGAAGGUUGGAGUACAACCAAUAAAUAUACAGGAAAUGUUUCUUAGUAGCAGCAUGUUGGUUCACUGGUAUUGCUGCCAGCUGGAUAAUACCAUAUGUAGCAAGGAAAAGGCUCCCCAGAGAAGUGUAGCUUGUCAGCUGCUAUUGCUGUUGCAAAGAUACUGUUAGAAAAUAACAUCUCUGCUCAGAAACCCGAAAGGUGUGGGAUUUAACCAGUCCUUUCUGUGAGCCAAAAUCAGCGAGGCCUUGCUACCCCUGACCACGUGGUAAAGGAUGGAGUUCUCUGGCACGUUUUGGUGGCUAGCGGUGGCAUUGAUGAUCGCCUUCUGCUCGAGUACUGGCAGAGCUGAACGAGGAUUAAGUUAAUCCUUCAGAGAUGAAUUUUAACUCGUUUAUCUGUAACUGUUGUUUAUUUUAAUACUUUUAACUUGAAAUCAUUCUCUUUUCUAAGAAUACUGCUGUAUUUACAUUUUGAUACCUCUUUGCAGGGACACAAAAUGGCUGUUAGCAUAGCGAUUCUAGCAGAGUUCUGAGUUCUAUUUUUAAAUCCUCCAGGUAAAGCACCUCUACUUGAUCCAUUCCUUCUAUUGAGAGGGAAUGAAGGGACAAAACUGAUUUUGGGGUAGUUAAAGCCAAAGAUUUCACUCUCAUAGAAAGACCACAUAUUUCCUAUUAAGACUAUAUUGUAAUGCUGUGCAAUUUGCUCCAUAUUCAAGCUCUUCUUUUAACUAUCUCUGCUUACUCAUUCCCUGCCCCAGAGCACUUAUUAGGUCAAAAUAGGGAGAGAGCAGUUAAGGCUACAGUAGAGCAGCCCAAGGUGGCAGCAGGAGGAGUGGAAAUACAAAGAACACUGGUUAGAGCACAGUGGCUUUCUGGGUGAGCAGGCAGCGAGCAGAGUUGUUGCUGCUUUGGGCGCUGAGAUGGGGAGAAAACAGCCAUCUUGAGAGAGAGAGAGCGUGCAUCUGGGCAGGGGGGCAGACUGCAAAGCUGCCUUGUUCAAGCAGGGGCAACCAGAGGACAACCUUGCAGGGAGCCAGAACAGUAGGGCUUGGUAUCUGUCAGAGUAAGAUGCUCUUUCAUUUAGCAGCUUGGAGAGGACUAUUCCUUCCUUUAGCCUGUCUUGGGGAAGAUGAAGGACUAUCCUGUGGCUUUUGUACAGCACUUAAAUCAGGCCUGAGUAACCUGGGUAAGGCGCUCUCCUUUUUUUUCAUCCUUUGUCUGUCAAGUUCCUACACACUAAACAGAAGAAGAUAGAAAAGACCCAUCAGUCUGACCAUAAUGUCAGCACUGCUCCCCUCAGUGAUUGCCUUUGGUCCUUUGCUGUGACAUCCACAGAACCCUGCAUGCACUUGCUGGUUAAUGUAUGAUGCGCUGUCUGGCACACACUCCAUUUUCUAAUUAGGAUUUAUUUACAAUGAAGGGAACUGACCUGUACAUAUAUUAGAUAUUCCAGAAUUAUUGAUCCUCAGUUGCACGGCUUAUUGCAGGCUAAUGGGUUAUCUCCACUAAAAAACUCUUUCCUUUAGUGUGGCUUCCCUGUUGCUAACUCACAGCUACUUCUCCCUCCUGUCUGUCUGUUGCUCAUAUUAAGGUUCGAAACACAUUUUGUCAUGUUGUAAGAAGUUAGUAAGGCCUGUCUCACAAUCAGUUUUUAUCACUCACUGACACAAAUAAGUAUGUGCCAGGUUUUCAAACCACUAGUUAAUGGUUUUAGUUAAGUUGCACUGUAGGUGGUAAUCCUACUGCUCAGUUCUAGCUUUCUGAAGUACGGACCAAUCCUCUAAUAAGGCUCAGGUCACUUGUUUGGAAUCUGUGCCCAUGUCCUGUUUUCCUUGACUUAAGCACAACAGCAGCACUGAAUAUGGUGUGUCAUUCUAAUCAGCAUGUGCCUGCUCUGCAAAUGCAGUGUGCCCACAGAUGGGCCUGUGGCAGUGGAACCAAAAGCGUUCAGUGUGUGUUACUUCACUGCUUGUUUCCCAGAAGUAUCUGGUAUCUCUUAUGAACACAUGAUAGGUUUAGGCACAGAAUAUUUAAUCUGCAGGAAACAGAAGCUUCACAGUUGUACAGGAUGAUUCUUCUUUUUGUUUAGUUUUUAAUUUCCACAUUACAUGUGUGUUGUUUCUCAGGUAUUCAGACAGCAUUCAUUAUCCAAGUGACAACUUCUCUUUGGAAGGGUAUAUAGUCAUUAUUCAUUUUCUGAUAAAUCCAGUGGUUGGCUGUGUGGCUAGUGAUUAACAGCAGCCAUUCCCAUUCAAAGUAGAACUCAUAGCUGGUUCAAAGAAGUAAUCUUAUUUCUCAUGUGUCCUUUUUUUGCACUUUGGUGUAUCUCUUGGAUUUAGAUCCAAUCCUGCUAUCUGGCUGAGGCAGUGAUGGAAACCCUUAUUUUAAUUGGAGACCUUUGGAACUAGACCUUAGGUCUAGAAAGAAAAAUGAAUUAAAAAGGCUGUUGCACUUCAGAGAGGGAAAUCAAUCCUUGAGAAAGGAAAAUUCUUUCUUUGUUUCUGCAGAAGGAAGAUUUCAGAUAGGUUUUUAAAAUGUGCUUCAUCUCCCUGCAAACUGUGUCUAGAAAUUCAAAAAGCUAAAUCAAGGAAGAAGCUUCUUUUGCAUUUUGGGUUUGCUUUUGUGAAAGCACAAAAUUGCUUUCCAUUUUGUUUUGAAUAUAAUUUAGAUCUAGAUAUGAGAUUCACAUGUUCAGCCAGAGAUAUACGAUAGUCCUGUAGGCAGGACAUGUAUAAAAAUUAACUUGUAUAAUUGUUUGUUUAGUAAUAAUGCUAACAAUCUGUUAGACUUUUUUAAUGUCAAAGAAGGUCAUAAGCUCUCCAUUGUUUUCUCUCCCCCCCCCCCCUUAGUUGUAAUGUAGCAGCAGGAAUUUAAAAUAUAUGUGUUUUACUGAAGACAAAGCUAAAAUUGCUUAAAUCAGGGACCACUUCUGAUUUAACUUACUCUUUGGAGGCCUAUAAUAUGGAUUCUUGUGAAAGGUUAUUAAUGUCAGACAUAGGCUAGUUGCAAAUUAAUGCUUGGGACCCAUUUAAUAGUUACACAGAUUAUUACUGGUAAUGAGCUGUUCACGUGAACAGGUAAGAUGAAAAUGCAUAAGAGGAAGAGCUUAGUUGUCUGACGUCAGGUGCUAAGAAAGUCAAGUUACUAUGCAACUGAGUCUAAAAGACAGCCACAUGCCUUUUUUUUCAGGCUCUACCCUCUGUGCUUGUCUCUGUGUAACUGUAGGUGCCUGUAACCUUCAUCUGUGGCCUGCAGUGGGUCAGUUAUUGUGGUGCUGGACCUGGUGGGGAUGGGUUAGAGGUAAACAUUGUCACAUGUCUAGUUGCUGAAAGACUUAUUAAUUCUUGUGGGGAUUUAGGGUAGAGAAUGAAUCCCUAAAUGACUUCACUUUUAUCCCCACUGCUUAUUAUAGCCUUCCUUCUUGUCUCACUACUCCUACUAAUGCCACUCUACAGAUGAUUUAUCACAAGGUGCCUUAGGAACAAGGAGCAUGUCUGAAAUAAGAGCCAUAGAUGUCAUUAACCCAAGGGAUUUCUUCUUGUUUCUCUGCCCAUUUGGAUAGAGGGGAGGCACCUCCUAAGGUCAGGCAAGGAUAGGCCCUGUAGGCUGUUCCUGGAGAUUUAAGCUGUUCAUGAGACUGCCUUGAUGCUGUAAGAUGAGUAGCAGAAUGGUGUUUUGAUUUUCCUGGCAAGCAUAAGAUCUUUGCCUUUUAAAAUCAUAUGCUGCUGUCAGAUAUUGAAGCACACCAGAGGACUACUUUUGAUAUGCUGAUGCUAAACCUGAGGACCAGAGGAACACUAGACAGACAUAGAAGAGCAUUCUUCAUGGCCAUUCAUCGUUUUCUCUAAAAAGAGUGUCUGAAUCCAGUGUUGAGAGUGGUGUGUGCCUAUGUGUAUUGAAGCUGGAUAAGAGACCAAAGCAACAAAGUGGUUUUUCAUCUACAGGUGUGGAGAAAAAACCCAAAACCUGUUUCUUCUUUUCUCUUAUCUGUGAAAAUAUUGGAUGUGGCAAUGUCAUGUAGAUGUAGCAGAACAUGUCAAUUGGUAGAAUGAAAAACUGGGAAUUGAUUGUGUUAAAUACAUUGUCUAAUUAGACUGUGAAAGAAGCCAGGAGUUUAUCAGGAGUCAAAGUGCUAAGUCAUUUAUCCAAAUAAGUUGAUUUGCAGUAAACAUCAACUAAAUAAAGUUUUGGAAGGUACAUGAAACAGCAGAGUUCAAAUACAUCUUGCUAAGAAGAGAAUUUUCUGUGGGGUUAUUCCACAUUUUCUUCCAAAGACUAUCUGGCAACUUAUUCCGAAACACUGGUGCUGUUGCAGCUGAAGACGCAACAUCAGGCCGGGUGGACAGUGGCUCUGACUCCCCUUGACUUUUCUGCAUUCUGUUCUAGAUUUUACAUGUUGCUUUCUCAGAAGCUUCAUCGCAAGAAGCGCACGCUUUAUCGGGCAGGGAGAUAGGAAGAAUUUUGUGAUCCAUCGGUGAAGGUUAUCUGGUUUAAGCUCAUCUGGACUGAUGAGUCAAAUCCCUUGGGCAAGAAGCUGGAUGCCAACCAUUAAGCUCAGAGGUGAGGAGGCUUUGCCAAGUAAUGGCCUUGAAGUUUAAGAGCAGCAUUUGGAAAUUAUAAAUAGCUGGACAUCGUCUCCCUGCAACCUCCAGCAUGUCCCUGGUGACUGUCUGCUCUUCUCAGAGGAAAGCAGUCUGCUCUCAACUCGCUGCUCCAAGCUGCUAGCAUAGGCUUUCAAUGGGGAGCAUCAUGUAGCUGCUCAUACCUUUUUCAGACCUAUAUUCUUGUGAACUGUGAUGGUUGUCUGUCAGUCCUUAUCUAUGUGAUGUGAAUAUUUUUGAUGUCCUGUAAUUUCAAAAUUGAGUUCACGGUGCCAACCAUUUGCUUUUCAUGUCCUCCCAAUGGAGGAGAGGAUAUUUUAACGAAAUGUCGCACUGAACCUCUUGCUGAAGGGCACAUAUGAAAACUAUAGUGUGCUUGCACUCCUCCUAUGCUUGGUUUGUAUGGUUUAUAUUUGAUGUGUUGUGGCUGAUUUGUAAUAGUAUAUUGGAACUUAUUCCCUUUAAAUAAACUUUUCACUAUGCAA